AACAGCUGUGACCACCAGAUAAGCCCACAAGCCAUAACAGGACAUACCUCCUCCUCGGGCUGGCCUCCGAUAAUUAGUUCAUCACCAAGUUACCAAAAGUCCCAUUCGUACACAGCCACAGAGAAACCACUCUCUCCUUCCAUGGCUACCAUCAAUCUCUCCUUCCGUUUUCCAUCUCUUCCUAAAUUGUCUCCUCCACUCCACCACCGGGUUGACUUUUCCGUCUUGACUUGGACUAGAAUCGCUACCUUGAGAACUUGUGCUACGGGAGGGGACUUGCUGGGUGAUUUUGGGGCCAGAGAUCCUUUCCCUGCAGAGGUAGAGAGUGGAUUUGCGGAGAAAGUGGUAGGCAAUGUUGAUACUGAGCAUAAGAUUCUUAUUCCCAAUAUCUCUGCUCUGUCUCUUUCCCAGCAAAAGUGCACCCCUAUAUCUCCCUUACUGGAUCCCAUGUCUAAGGAUGAUGCUCAAAAGCUCUUGAAGAAGGUUGUUGGCUGGAGACUCCUGGAUGAAGAAGAUGGGCUUAAACUGCAAUGCUUGUGGAAAUUGAGAGAUUUUAAAUGUGGGGUUGAACUUAUCAAUAGAAUUUACAAGGUUACAGAAUCUUCUGGGCAUUUUCCGAAUCUGCAUUUGGAACAGACCAACCAAGUUAGAGCUGAACUAUGGACUUCCUCCAUUGGAGGCCUGAGUAUGAAUGAUUUCAUUGUAGCUGCCAAAAUUGAUGAGAUUAAGACAUCAGAUCUUGCCCCUAGAAAAAGAAUAUGGGCAUAAUUGGAACAAAUCUUUAAUCCUGAAGAAACCGAAAAGAUCUUUACGUUGAUAAAAAGUGGUGUUUCAGCAUCGAAUGACCAUAGAGAUUCAUGUUGUUGCAAUUUAUAUGAAAGCUUUCUGUGUUAUUUUCCCCGUUAAUCUUCUUCGAGCCUUGUGUAAAUUAAUCUUUAAUUUAUUUGAUCUCAAUUCAGAAAA